CCCUCUGUCCGAUCCCCACUGCCCGGUUUCCUCUGUCCGGUUCCCUCUGUCCGAUCCCCACUGCCCGGUUUCCUCUGUCCGAUCCCCACUGCCCGGUUUCCUCUGUCCGAUCCCCACUGCCCGGUUCCCUCUGUCCGAUCCCCACUGCCCGGUUCCCUCUGUCCGAUCCCCACUGCCCGGUUUCCUCUGUCCGAUCCCCACUGCCCGGUUCCCUCUGUCCAAUCCCCACUGCCCGGUUCCAUUUGUCCAAUCCGCAUUGCCCUGAUCUCCCUCUGUCCAAUCCGCAUUGCCCUGAUCUUCCUCUGUCCAAUCCGCAUUGCCCCGACCUUCCUCUGUCCAAUCCGCAUUGCCCCGACCUUCCUCUGUCCAAUCACUGACGAGCUUCUCCCUCCCCGCCGUAUUUGUAUCGAGGCUGUCGCGAUUGCGUCGGUGACAUGCGCAGCAGACACGUUGAGGAAAAUGGCGGUUGUUGGAGUUGGGGCCUUUGGGCGGCCGGUUCGCGCGUUUGCGCUGUUGAUCUUCUUAUGGUUGUUGCCACUUCUGCAGGCCGAGAGGAAUUUGGUCAAAGUCAUUACUGACCACAACUGGAAGGAGAUUCUCGACGGCGAAUGGAUGGUGGAGUUUUAUGCCCCCUGGUGUCCUGCUUGUCAACAACUUCAGUCAGAGUGGAAUGAGUUUGCAGAGUGGAGUGAUGAUCUGGGUGUGAACGUUGCCAAAGUGGAUAUAACUGAACAGCCAGGUCUGAGUGGUCGAUUCAUCAUUACAGCCCUUCCCACAAUAUACCAUUGUAAGGAUGGAGAAUUUAGGAAGUAUCAAGGUCCUAGAAUGAAGAAUGAUUUCAUUGACUUCAUAGAUGGAAAGAAGUGGGAAGCCAUAGAACCAAUGUACUCUUGGUUACAGCCUUCAUCCUUUUUGAUGAGUGGCAUGUCAGCAUUAUUUCAGCUGUCCAUGUGGAUUCGUCACUGCCAUAAUUACUUCACUGAAGAUAUUGGCAUACCUGUUUGGGGAUCAUAUACCAUUUUUGCUUUGGUGACUCUGUUUUCUGGUCUUGUGCUUGGAUUGAUUCUGGUCUUUGUGGCAGACUGUGUAUUACCAUCCCGGCGAUAUAGAUAUCAACCUCAUAUUUCUCAAAGAACCAAGCCAAAGGACGGACAGUUCCAGGAUGAAGAUGAGGAAGAUCUGUGUUCUGAAGCAAAGAAGGGCAGUUGUAAAAGAAUUGAGACGGCUAUGGUGAAAGGAGAUGGGGAUCAUUCACAGGAUACCGUGAGAAAACGCACAUUGGAAUACAAUAGCAGAACUGAUGAUUCCUGAUUCUAGGGCAAAUUGAAGUAAAAGGUUUCUUGUUCCUGCUCAUCCUGUCUUUGCCUGCAUCAAAACUUCUAUCUCACGAACUUGCUUAAGCAUAGCGUGUGUGGGUGUCAUUUCAACCAAAGCGUCUGUUUACAAGGAUUUAAGCAUCUAAAAGUAAUAACAAAAUUAGCUGAUCUAAUCACAAUAAACAAUAAAUUCUGCAAGUGCUGGAGAUUUUGAGCAACACACUGAAAGUUGGAGGAACUCGGCAAGUCAGGCAACACCAAUGGUGGGGAAUAAACAGUUGACGUUUUGGGCCAAGACCUUUCACCAGUCCUGUUGCUUAGUGUUACCUUGAUUGUAUUCUGAAUCAGUUGUGAUUAAUAGUCACAAGUUGUUGGGAGACUGAGGCUUAUGUACUGAAUAUUUCAUUGAGUGUGUAGCAGGAGAACUACUUUAAACCAUUGUCAUUUAAUCAGAAGGAAAUGAAUGUUUGAAGACCAAAUGCUUCAGGUGCUAAUGCUUCAUGUUAAAGAAGUACCUCAACCAGAUUUAGCUUCUCAUUUGGAUAUUUAUUAGUUUUAAAACUUGCAAUUUUUGGCUAAUGUGCAUUUUCACUUAAUGCUGAGGAUUUAUUUUGUAAUGAGGGGAAAAAAUUUAUAAUGUUCAUUUAUGUAUAAAAAUAUUUUCAGUGUUAACAUUAUCAUUCUUGAAAUAUCUUAUUUUGCUUUCAAGUGUUUAAUUUGGGUUUGUGAGACAUUCAAUGGUACCAUUAAAAACUUGACAUGUUGGUGUGAGUUACUACUUUGUAGACCAGGUUUUUCAAUGCAUAAAAAAAUACUCCCAGUUGUUUGGACCAUGCAUAUCUGCAUGAAUGUGUAUAAUUUCACACUGACAUUACAGUAUGUGGUUGUAUAUUGCCUUAUCCAUUUAUAUUUAACUGCCAAAAAUAGAUACAAGACUUUUUUUUGGAUAUGUUGGAAUAACGGAUUCUAAAGUCUAUUAAAUUAGAAAAUUAUCCAGACAUACUGGGCUUCAAGUGAACUGCUGUUUUAAAAAGGGAAUUUGAAGUAAAAAUCUGUAAAUAGUUUCAGUUUCUGUAAAUUGUACAUUUUCUUUUUCAAAAUGCUUAACAAUAAAGAUAAUGUUAGAUUGACUUUUACCAAACAUUUUAUGUUGAGAUAAGCUGUUUUUUAUCAAUAAUUUAUAUAAAGCCACUUUCAAUAAUUUGCUUUGCUCUGCUUAUUUCAAAUCUUUGGGGGAAAAGUAUAAACAUUAAAUUGAUCUUGUAUUUAAUUGCUGUGGGCAAGUUAUAGUAUGUCUUUGGCCUGGACAAUCCAAUGACACAAAAUUUGUAAUCCAAUUUAACUAUAAUGUACUCAAGGCCUUUUGGUGAGAUAUGAAUAUGAUGGCGCCAUGCAGUUGUGGAGUUCAGAGAGGGUCUUUAUUUUGUCUGGCAAGCAGCAUUCCUUUUUAAAGAAAGAUGCAAAAUGCAUUAAGAGGAUUGGGACAUUUUCAAAAUCUGAUUACAUUUAUGGUAGACUAAGAAUAAACUAGGUACCUUAAUUACAUUUAGCUUCUCAAUGGAUGCUUAUUAGUUUUUAAAAUGUUGCAAUUUUUGAUGGAUGUUACUGACAAUUAACUCUUAUCCAAUACAAGACCUGUGUUGUCAGUGAGUUGGAGAUUCAAAGUGCUGAUGUUACAUGAGCUACUGCAAUAGCUGCCAUAUUGAACUCUGCAGCCUUUUUUAUUCCAAUAAUGAGAUUAUUAAACAAUGAAAGUAACAAUUUACAUAAUUUUACUAUGGGAAAUAUGAGUUGUACCUUUAGAAUGGAUUCAAUAAUUUAAUUUGGAGAUGGGACUGGGGAUACUGGAAUCUGUAGUAACAAACUUAGUGGAUUGCACAACAUCCUGUGGGAGUAAAGGAAUUGCUAUUACCUCUGUUCAAACCCUGGGUCUGGUCUUUGCUCCAACAGAUGCUGCUUGACCUGCUGAGCUCUUCCAGUGGCUUGUGUGUUGCUCAAUAUUUAACUUUGAGUUGUGUUUCAAAGUCUGAAUGCUUUUACUGCAAACUAGUGAGCGUCCAGCAAGAGAGAUUGAUGCAUCCAAUGUAGACCUUUAGUCAGAAUUGGAAGACAGUACAGCUGGGCAGUUAUUUGAAAUGGAGAAAUGAACAAUAUCUCCAUUGGUUGGGGCAUGAAGGGAUUUGGUGAGAAGGCAGGAAAAUUGGAUCAGCCAUGAUGAAAUAGUGGAGCAGACUCGAUGGGUCAAAUGGCCUAAUUCUCCCAUAUCUUAUGGUCUUAUUAUUUCAGAAUAGUAGUAGAAAGACCUGCAAGAUGCUAAGUGGAAAAACAAGUUUUAAAGUGCUUGAGGGCUAUUAAACUGAGGUAACUGGAAGCAGAGUGAGACAAAGAUAUUUUACAUGUACAUGAAUAACUAGAGGGGACUGGUUAAUACAGAAAUAAACUGCAUGGUCAAAUCAGAACAUGGUGCAUUAUUCUGGGAGAUUGCAAAAUAAUAAUGCCAUGUGCAUAUCAAGUUGAAGUUUAAGGACUACUCAAUAUUAAAUCUAGAGGUCUGAUCUGCAAAAUCCCAAGUGGUCAGAUGGAAUGUUGUUUCUCCAGUUCUGGUGGGUCUUGAAUUCAACAUGCCAUAGACAGAAACAACAUUUCAAACUUUUUUUUUGCUUUAAUCAAAGUACUUGGAAAAAGCAGCAAUUUAUAUUGUUUACUUUCCCAAAAUUGUGAGAAAUGGGGCCAGAGCUGUGCUAGACCUUGGUCAGACCCCACUUGGAGUACUGUUUAGUUCUGGAUGUGGAUACUACGGGCACAGAGUGCCGAGGAGAUUUACAGGGAUGUUUCCUGGAUUGAAGGGUGUAUCUUAAUGAGAAUAGGUUAAGUGAACUUGGCCUUUUCUCCUUUGAGUGGCAGAGGAUGAGAGGUAAUCUGAUAGAAGUGUAUAAGAUUAUGAGGGCGAUUGAUCAUAUGGAUAGCCAGAGGGCUGAAAUGGCUAACCCGAGGGGGCAUAGUUUUAAGAUGCUUGGAAAAAGGUAUUGAGGGGAUGUCAGGGGUAAGUUUUUUUUUCACAUAGAGGAGUGGGUCCGUGGAAUGCACUGCCAGCGGCGGUGGUGGUGGAAGCAGAAAUAAGGUCUUUUAAGAGCUUCUUAAAUAGCUACAUGGAGCUUAGAAAAAUAGAGGGCUAGUGCUAGGAAAUUCUAGGCAGUUUCUAGAGUAGGUUACAUGGUUGGCACACUAGCCAAAGGGCCUGUAAUGUGCUGUAGAUUUCUAUGUUCUGUACAUGAAGUGCAGGUAAAUUGCCUCAUUAAGUACUGGUCUGUCUUUUUGCUAAAAAAAAGUUUGUACUUGUUCCAUUGUAUUAAUUUUCUUUUUGAAAACUGCAGAUCUCUCUCUAGAUGGCACUGGAGUGUAGCAUUGAUAAACGUUCUUGAUGUAAAGUCAGUAAGAAUUUCUCAUUACAAAUAUAAGAAUUUGACAUUCUAAAUAUUGUAUCUUCAGUUAUGAAAUUGCCCUUUUAAUAAAUAUGACUUUAAUGGACA